GUCGCGGCGGGGCCCCGCCUUUUCCUGUCGGCGUGUUGGAGGCAGAGAGGCGCUCAUCACGCGGAGGGCCCUGGUUUAGGAUGGAGACUCAGGCUCCCGCCGGGGACGGCGAAGGCUUCACCAGCGUCCGCAGCAGGAAGCGGCGGAGGAGGGAGGCCCCCAUGGAGACGGACGGGGGAGGCCCCUCGCCCGGGAAGAGGCCCCACUUCCCCCCUCUGCGAGGAGAGGCCCUCGGGGGUGGACUAGAUGACAUGAGGAAAAUUCCCGUACCGGCACACAGAUACACGCCUUUGAAAGAGAACUGGAUGAAAAUCUUUACACCUAUUGUAGAACAUUUGCAACUUCAAAUCAGGUUUAACUUAAAAACGAGAAAUGUAGAGAUAAAGACAUGUCAAGAAACAAAAGAUAUAAGUGCUUUAACGAAAGCAUCUGAUUUUGUGAAAGCUUUUAUACUUGGAUUUCAAGUAGAGGAUGCUCUUGCCCUGAUCCGAUUAGACGACCUUUUCCUAGAAUCCUUUGAAGUAACAGAUGUGAAACCUUUAAAAGGGGAUCAUCUUUCUAGAGCAAUUGGAAGAAUUGCUGGGAAAGGUGGAAAAACAAAAUUCACUAUUGAAAAUGUAACAAGAACACGGAUAGUUCUUGCAGAUUCGAAAGUUCAUAUUUUAGGGUCCUUCCAGAAUAUUAAAAUGGCACGAACAGCAAUUUGCAAUCUCAUUUUAGGCAGCCCUCCAUCAAAAGUUUAUGGAAAUAUAAGAGCAGUGGCCAGUAGAGCAGCAGAAAGAUUUUAAGAGGAAGGAUUUGAAGCUCCAGGAUUUUCUACAUAAGAAACAAAUGACUUGUACACAGAAACAGACUCAAACUGAUGGCAGUUCACAGCUCCAGCAUGAGUGAUGUGGAGAGAGAUUGCUGCAACAGUGUUUUCAAGCAGGCAUAAUGUCUGAAUCUAUUUAAGUGAACUGAUGUGUAAUAAAAGGUGGCUCACCAUGUUUUGCUGAA